GGGGGCAGCAUGGCCUGGCCGUCCGGCCCCUUUUCCAACGCUCAGCUGCCCCGGGAGUGUGGCUCUGUUCCUCGCAGGGAGAAGAGGUCCGAAUGGAGACAGAAGCCAGCCAGCCCGGCCUCGCCUCCCCGGACUCCCCCCACGAUCCCUGCAAAAUGUUCAUCGGAGGACUGAGCUGGCAAACCACGCAAGAAGGCUUGCGGGAGUAUUUCAGCCAGUUUGGCGAGGUGAAGGAGUGCCUGGUAAUGAGGGACCCGCUGACAAAGCGAUCCAGGGGGUUCGGGUUUGUCACAUUCAUGGACCAAGCUGGGGUGGACAAGGUUCUGGCCCAAUCCAGACAUGAACUGGACUCCAAGACGAUUGAUCCGAAGGUUGCAUUUCCUCGCAGAGCACAACCCAAGAUGGUGACACGGACCAAGAAGAUAUUUGUGGGAGGCCUGUCUGUGAACACCACUGUGGAGGACGUAAAACAGUAUUUUGAGCAAUUUGGGAAGGUGGAUGAUGCUAUGCUCAUGUUUGACAAGACAACUAACCGGCACCGAGGGUUUGGUUUCGUCACCUUUGAAAGUGAAGAUAUUGUGGAGAAAGUCUGUGAGAUCCACUUCCAUGAGAUCAACAACAAAAUGGUGGAAUGUAAAAAAGCUCAGCCAAAGGAAGUGAUGUCCCCAACUGGCUCUGCGAGGGGGCGGUCCCGAGUGAUGCCUUAUGGGAUGGAUGCCUUCAUGCUUGGGAUUGGCAUGUUGGGCUACCCAGGCUUCCAGGCUGCCACCUAUGCCAGCCGGAGCUACACUGGCAUUGCGCCUGGCUACACUUACCAGUUUCCCGAAUUCCGUGUAGAGCGGACCCCUCUCCCGAGUGCCCCCGUCCUCCCUGAGCUCACAGCCAUUCCUCUCACUGCAUACGGACCAAUGGCAGCAGCGGCAGCGGCAGCAGCUGUGGUGCGAGGGACAGGCUCCACUCCAAGCCGCACCGGUGGCUUCCUGGGCACUACCAGUCCUGGGCCAAUGGCAGAGCUUUAUGGAGCAGCCAAUCAGGAGUCGGGAGUCAGCAGUUACAUCAGUGCAGCAAGUCCUGCCCCAAGUACCGGCUUUGGCCACAGCCUAGGAGGGCCUUUGAUUGCAACAGCUUUUACUAAUGGCUACCACUGAAGUUGUGAACCAACCAAGAGGGAGAUUCCCCAGUGAGCAAACCAAGGACAGUGAUCUGGAGGAUCUGGAAAAACUCAAGGGAUGAGCCAAGAUUUCAUUGUAAUAAAUAAAACUGCACACGCCACCGGCUGUUGGCCGGGCUUCUGCUAGCCUGCCCUCAUCUCUCCCGUUGCCCAGAAAGCACUGGAUUUGACUGCAAAGAGAUCUUCUCUUCUUUUGUUACUAACCGC